CUUUUCUAAUAUCCUUGAGCCUGUCAUGCUCUGUGGUGAAACUGCUCAGUGCUGGCUGUACUGAGCAGGGCUGAUGUAAUAUUUAUAGCCUGUUGUGUACAUCUAAAUGGACAUCUAGAUAUCAUUAAGCAGGAAAUAACAUGUACAGUUUCACCUGUUAUCGAGAUUAAUUUUGAGAUAUCAACAGAGAGAGGAGGAAGAGGAGUGCGUACAUGCUCUUAAACUGCUUAUUGUUAAGUCUCUGAAUCUCAAUCACCACUGAAACUAAAACUCAAAUCCCAUCAGAACUUUGUUUCCUGACUCCUCGCUUCCCACUCUUCUUUUUAAAAAACUGUCUUUGUGGCUUUAGUUAGACAGUGUAGUUUCAAUAAGCAAGCAUUUCACCACUCGGCUGGUCUUGUGAACAAAGCUUCGUGGAGAACGUUAAAUCCUGUGGUUUUCGUGUGGUGUAGACUUAAAACCACAAGAAUGCAAGAAUACAUAUUCCUGAACUGAUUUACUGGGUUUUAAUGUACAGGGCUCCUGCAGAGGUAGUGCCACUGUUUCCUGCCUGGCUGUGAUCACAUGCUUGUCAUAAGUAGAGGGGUAGAUAUGAAAUGAGGUAAACAAAGUGAAGUUCUUUGAGUUCGGAUGGAACAUGUCAGGACUUUCGUGCCAGGGCAGGUUUUUAUGAAUGGAAGUUUUUUUUUUUCUAACUUUCCCUCUCUGUUUUUGUGAAUGAAAAACAAUUGGAAAAUCCAGUAUAAAAGCCCGAAGUCUGCCGGGAUAUGAUUGGCUGCGGCGCAAGCUCCGCCCACGGUUGCUAGGAACCCGACAGCGAGGCUUCUGAUUGGCUCAUAGAGGGAACCGAGACUUCAUUCAUAAGUCAGUGUAUUCAUCCGGACAAAGGCAAGAAAUUCGAGCCCUUGAAAGAGGAAAUCCACCAAUCACGAACCUCGUCUGGCCCGAGCAAGCAAAGCAAGUCUCGCUAUUAUCCCCAAAUCAUGUCUGUUACAGAAAUGACAGCACAGCUGGCGCUCAAAAGUCACCCCAAUUCAAUAUAAACUUAUUCUAACUCACUCUAACUGCACAUGUCUGUUAUUUAUCGCCGAAAUAGGGUUUGGUUUUGUUGCUGUGGCUCGACAAACAUCUGUUUCCCGUCACAGUUUCAGCGCUGGACUGUUUCCUACAGAAAGUGGAGCCUGGCAAUCCGGGCAGACGUGGCAAAAAGCCCAAGAAACAGGCUACUAAAUAACACUCAUAACUCAUACAGGCUUUAUGACCCGUCUGACAUGUUUUUGCAUCAGAAAGCGCGACUUCAAACACAAAUAAACCAAACACACCGACAUUAUUCCGCAAAAAAAAAAACAUACGGGGAGAAACAGUAUCUUGAGGUACAAGCUUUACCUGAAACGUGUAGGCUAGGUAAUGUGACGAGCUGUCUGUCACUCACUCACACACACACAAACACACACAAAGAGAUUUGUAAAGAGGGCAGCAGCCCGCUGGGUAAUCACUCGCCAUCACUUCCCCUCGGCAUUUUUUGUGAAUGGAGCUCAUUAUGCAUGCAGCCUCCACGCAGCUCCAUUCACAAGCAGCGCUCCCUCCUCUCUGCAGGCUGCGUGGAUCUCACUCAACGCAGCCUAAAUGACCACAAACGGUUAACGGAUGGAUUAUAAGAUGGAUGGAUAUUUGGACCAGCAAGUGCCUUACACUUUAGCAAAUAAGUCGCAUGGAAAUGGGCCCCUAAAUAGACUGUUGAUGGCAGCGAAAAGGAAAUACAUGGACACAGAAUUACCCCCUCAGGAAUCUGAAGACCUCUUCCAGGAUUUAAGCCAACUCCAAGAGACAUGGCUCACAGAAGCUCAGGUUCCUGACAGCGAUGAGCAAUUUGUUCCUGAUUUCCAUUCUGAGAACUCGGUGGCAUUUCACAGCCCUCCAGUCACUAUCAAGAAGGAACCACAGAGCCCGGGCUCCGACCCCAGCCAGUCCUGUAGCCACAAGCAGAGCUUCAGCUACCCCAGUGGAGAGCAGUGCCUUUAUGCCAGUGCCUAUGAGCAGAAAAGGGCUGCAGGAGGAGCCAAGAGCUCCUGCCCAGGGACCCCCAUGUCUCCCAUGCAGCAGCAUUACUCCCCAAAACCUGCCACGGCCGGACGGCCUGAUGCUGGCUACAUGAACCCUGCUGCCACCUCCCAGCCACUGCCCAGCAACAGUUACCCCAUCAACGCCAGUUCCAGGUAUCAGGGCCCUUCAGGAGACCCCAUGUGCCCCCAGUUCCCACUACCAGGACAGGCCUUUCAGCGCAUGCCAUCUGCCCCAGCGGGACGUGGGGGUGAAGGACCAGGGGGCGGCGGCGGUGGUGGUGGAGGUUAUCAUCGGCAGCACUCUGACCCCUGCAUGCCCUACGUGCAGCAGAGCUUUAAGCAAGAAUACUUAGACCCGUUGUAUGAGCGGGCAGGUCACAUGGCAGGGCCUGGGCACAGGAGCGGACCGGGACAUGGGCACGGGCAUGGACCUCACCCCCACCCACAUCCACACUCACACGCACACCCACACAGGUUCCCACCAGCCCACAUGAUGGUUAAGCAGGAGCCCACAGACUACACCUACGAACCUGAUGUGCCGGGAUGUCCCUCUAUGUACCACCACAAUGAGGGCUACCCAAACCCUCAGCACAGCAAUGAAGGCUUUCUGUUUGAAAAUGACUCCCGUGUGGUUCCAGAGAAGUUCGAAGGUGAGGUGAAGCAGGAGGGGGGUGGUGUUUUUCGCGAGGGCACACCUUACCAGCGCCGUGGCUCUUUGCAGCUCUGGCAGUUCCUGGUGGCCCUGCUGGACGACCCAGGCAAUGCCCACUUCAUCGCGUGGACCGGCCGCGGCAUGGAGUUCAAACUCAUUGAACCCGAAGAGGUUGCCAGGCUGUGGGGCAUGCAGAAGAACCGUCCAGCCAUGAACUAUGACAAGCUCAGUCGCUCUCUGCGCUAUUACUAUGAGAAGGGAAUCAUGCAGAAGGUGGCAGGGGAGCGCUACGUUUACAAGUUUGUGUGUGAGCCUGAGGCCCUCAUCUCCCUGGCCUUCCCCGACAAUCAGCGGCCCAGCCUGAAGGCCGAGUUCGAGCGCUACGUCAAUGAAGAGGACACAGUGCCCCUGUCCCACCUGGAUGAGGGAGUGCCCUACACCACGGAACAAGCCCCACAAAACAUGGGCCCCCAGCCCUACUCUAAAGGCUACAUGUACUAAAGCCAGCCCCCACCCUCCCUCUUUUCUCCCCACCUUCAGAAAUCUUCCUGUUGUACCAACCCAUCAUCAUACACACCCUGAAACCCCAUGCACCUCUUGCACAUGCCCACCCCAUCCACUUGUAUAUAAGGCUAUGGUGUUUUUGUUUUAAAUUAAUCUCAUUAGGGAUUUUGUUUUGUUUUUUAAACGCUGCAUUCCUCUCACAUCUGAAGCCUAUUCAAUCCAUAAACAUGACUGUGGUUGAAGAGAUUGCUUAAUAAAUACCCAUAAUACCCAAA